ACUUGUUUCAAAGGCAUUAAUAAGACCGCAGCAAUGAUGCCAUGUAGCGGGUUUAAGGUACCCCUGGUGCUGGCGCUGGCUGUCUGGAUCCUGGAGCUGUCAGGGGCCCAGGGCCCCAGGGAAGGGGUGACAUUGCAGGCUCUCCACUGCCCUGAGUGCGAGCGGAUUCACUGUACCCCAAAAAGGGCCCUGAAACUGCAGUGCAAAGGGGGGAUCACCACUGGUAUCUGCGGGUGCUGCCCAGUCUGUGCCCGGAUUGCUGGGGAGAGCUGUGGAGGAAAGUGGGACUACCUGGGCAAGUGUGAUGAGGGACUGAGCUGUGUCUACCAGGAUCUCCGAGAGCAGGAGUCCACCGGGGAGCUGAAGGGAAUCUGUACAGAGGUGCUACAGAUGGGGGAGGAGGAGAAGGAGGAGGUCUGCCGACCGCAAUGCACCUGGGAAUUCUGCAGAGACAACCCGUCUGAAAUAUGUUCAGCCAGGGCUGUGGUGCUGGAGAGCAGGGACUGCCAGGGACGGUGCCAGCACACCUCCUGCAGCAGCUGCUUCGUCAUCCAGCAGCCGCGGUGCCACGAGGCCUGCCCCUCCUCCUCCGACCUGCCCUGCCUGCGCCGCUUCGGGAGGUGCGUGCACCGCGGGUUCGGCCAGAGCCAGGAGCCUGCCUGCCACCAGGGCCUGCAGACUAAUGCAGAGGGCUUUUUUGUUUGCCUGGUCCCUAGCUGUUCCAGCACAGCCUGAAAAACUAGAAUAAUUCCACUCUUCAGAGAAAACCAGCCCUCAUCAUGAGAACCCAGUUCAGCCAGAAAUGUAGCACGCUUCAGCAAACAAGAACAAUUAAGAAAAACUGAAAUCAACUUCAAAUGAUUCUGCUAAGGUCUACUUUCCCUAUUUAAAUUUAAAUAGUUAAAUGUAAAUGUUGUUGUAUAGGUAGGUCCAUUAAUUGUUUGAAUGGAAGUAUAAUGGUGAAAGUAAAAAUGGAAAACUAUGGGCUUUGCUAUGUCAAAUAUUGUAAUUAUAGUAGUACAUGUGAUAAAUAAAGAUUGCACAAUGUGCCAGAUUGCCUUAAUUCAUGAA